AUGGUUUCCGCAAUAAGUAAUCUACUAACGGUGCUGUUCAUGACCACACAUCAUGUUGUAGAGAUAUUGGAUAAAGGAGAAAAUGGUGUUAGUAUUUUUCUGCCCUUGGCAAAGGCAUUCGACGCGCUCUCUGUACCAUUGCUAAAGCUGAAGUUGGAAAAUAUUGUUAAAAGGAGCAAGAAGUUAGAAUUGUUUCAGAUCUACCUGACCGAUCGUACACAAUCUGUGAAAAUUGGUAAACAUCUCAGUGGGAGCGUGCCCAUAAAUCAUGGCGUCCGUCAGGGUAGUAUUCUUGGGCCCACACUAUAUACAAGGAAUUCCUUGUCUAUAUAA